UCAUUCCAAGUAUUUUUCUGCGUGGAAUAAAGAUUGAACAGUUAUAUUAGAUUGACUUGACAGGUUUCUUAAUCUCACGAAACGGCGCUUUUAACGACUUACUACUCCUUUCACAAUUUCGACGAUCUUUUUAACUCUUUGAGCUUUGAUUUACGCAGGAAAAACUGAAUGAGUCCAUUUAUGAUAAAGUCUACGUGAAAUGCUCAAUCUAUACGUUUAUCAAACUUUUAUUUUGCAGCUCGUGAAAAGUAAUAUAACACAGCAUAAAGUAUGGACGAAACUGAUAUUUUACAUAAACUAAAAUCACAGAAUCCCACUCUGAUAUCACAUGCAAUAUCCAAACUGAUUGAAAUAACGAAGAAAAAGAAGUUGGAAGCAGAGAAGAGGGAUAUUUCAGAGAUACCAGAAUUCAAGUUACUCUCGUCGAAGUGCAACAGUGAUGAUUCCAUCGUUAGCACAUCCGCGUGUCAGGCACUGGUCGUACUCGUUGAAACUGGAUUAUGGGAUGUCAAAUCUGCGUUGGCAACAUUCAUGGCAUGCCUGUCUUCUUCAAAAAAUUAUCAGGCAAUCACGGUAGCUAUGAGCCAACUGUUGAUAUUAGAUUGGAAAGCGUGCGAUGAACGCGACAGGUAUGCUCUUCAGGUGCCUAAUCAACACCCGUUCAUUACAAUCCUGAAUCAGGAGAAGCGUAGCUGGAGAUGCGUGCUGAAUCAAAUGAAACUGAUCAUGCAUCAUCGUGACAAACAGUAUGAUUUCUUGGAACGGAGUGCAGAAUUGUUACGACCUGUAUUCUUGCACGUGUUAUGCGAUCCGUCCAUGGAUUGGUCGGACAGUUGCAAGCGGGAGAUGUGGCAGCUUAUAAUCAAAUCCGACAGCGCCUCGGACUUAAAAGCUGAGAUCCUGCUCUGGUUGUGUACCAAUCGAGCGGACAAUUGCGUAGACGCGAAUUGCCGGGUGCUCGAACUCGCGGAGGUCUCGUUGCUGAAAGCGGACAAGGAAUACUGCACGGCGCUGGUACCUCUGAUAGCGUCUCUGACGAUACAACUCCUGGAGUACGGGCAUGAGCCAGUGCAAAACUUUUGCGCGAUAUUUGACCUGAUUGAACAGUGUCACAACUACGUUGGAAAUAUCACGGUAGUUUUAAUGACGGAAAUAAUUCUGGUGUGUCCCGCGGCUUACUUGUUCACCGCCCUACAAAUAUGUGCGAUUAUCGUGGACAAGAUGCCGUGCAACGUUAUAUUAUUGAAUGCGUUAUCUGCAUCCCUGUUAAAGUGGCUGGCCUAUCCCUCGUUGCUGUGCUCGGACGCGCUAGCCACAGCAAAAGAAUUGUUAAUCAGGAUAUCGUCAAAAAGGGGGACCGACAGCGACGGCGACGCCGCUAUCACGAACAAGGUGCUGCUCAUGUUCAGCCAUAGCAAUAGGUACAUCCAACUUUACAUGGAACUCAUCCGCAGCCUGCAGCGCCUGGAAGAUGACGUUCUACUGUGGUUGGACAACUUGUCGCUCGCACCGAUCGACCUGCGAUACAUGUGCAAGCUGAUAUUGUGUGGGAUCUUCUUGCACAGUGACGAACCUCUCGUUGUACAGAAAACGUGCGGCAUUCUCGUGCAAAUAACGAGAGAGAUCAACUCCUUCGCGUCGCACAUGCUGUCUCUGUUGCUGCACAAAUUAACAAAGUCCCGUGACAGCGCCACCGCGGAACGCCUGCUGCUGGCCCUGCCGGAGUUCGCUGUGUCCAAGGAAAACCUGCCGAUCAUCGUUCAUACGUUGGACACGCUGUUGAACAGUGGCAAGCCACUCAAGUACCUGGCGAUCCAGCUCUACCUGAAGGCGCUGGACAGAGAGCCGCGUUGCUACCGUUUCGUGUCCGCCGCUCUGAUGGACACGUUAGAGAACGACCGCGACUGGCACUCGGACGUGACGUGCGCUCGUGCGAUUAAAUACAUCUGCGAAAACCGACCUGAGCACGGCGAGGAGCUCGUGCCGCUGCUCUCGCAAAUCCUGAACCGCUGCGUCGACUCGAACGGCGGUGCAGCCAGUGCACUCGCGCUCGAUAGCAUCUCGGCCCUGUGCAAGUCCGCGGUGAUAGGCAUCUGCUCGACUUGGCAAGUGAUAGCGCCGAAAAUGCGCAAGGAGAAGCGCACGGCAGUCCUGGGGAGUCUGUGCGAGCUCCUCGCGGAGGUGCCCUCAUUUCCAUUUCGUGCGGGCGACGAUUACGAUAAAUUCAUCGUCGACGUUGUGACGCACUUGUGGAGCUACGUACUUUAUCAGGACACGAAGAUCGCAGGAUCAGCUUUCAAGGCAUUGAGAUCCUACCACCUGGAACGAGUUCCUCUUAGCGCGUUGCCUCAAGAUUUCAAAUUGGACUUGGUGUCGCAGGCGUCUUCCGGCAAGGUUGACGAGACCAACAAGUCCGAAAACGCGCUGCAAUACAUACCGAGCACUUGUUGGAUCGAGAUGUUAAAGAAGGUGAACAAGAACGUCCUCUCGGCUGCCGGAAAUCUUCUGAUAUUCUACAUUGAGAACGAGUUGAGCGGCUUCAGGUCGCGAAUAUACAGCUGGCCGCAAGGAGAGCCGCAGAAUUUUAAAUAUUUGCCGGAAAGGAGUGUGAUACGGGCCGUCGGCGAGUAUCUGAGACGAGGCGACAAGUCGGACCCGAAUAAUCAACGAGUUAUGGUGGAAUGUCUGCGUAUAUUCGCUUACAGGUACAAGAAACCAUUGCCGAACGUGAAGUGGGAUUUCUUGAAGGAGACCAUGGAGAUGUCGGAGGAGGCUCGGGAAUACAGUUUGUCCAUUGCGAGCCGACAUUCUCAGAUCUCGUCGUCGGCAAAACAGUUGACGGAGGGUUUUCUGUCGAUGUACGCGUCUGCGUCAGAAGCAGGCCGAUUGUUGCUGAACGAGAAACACACGGUGCUCUUCUCGAAUCUCGACGAGCUGUGCCAAGCUAUCCAGCCGACCACCUUGAAGCAAUUCCUCGAGACUUCCCUCGCUUAUGUCAUUGUCAGAAUAUCGUUCGAUGAUGAAAAAGCGAUUGAGUUGUUCAACUGCAUCAUGUCUUCGUACGUUAGCGCUUUAAAGAGCGACGUGAUACAAAUGGGAAAUCGCACAUUGCUGUCUACCGUGCUGGAGGAGCUGUUGGAGAAGGUCGAUUUAACAUCGAAGCGUUACGAGAAAUAUUUUACAGCUACAAUGGAAAUGUCGAUCAAAGAUGUCGAGAAAAUGACGUCACCCAGCGUUUGGUGGACGGUAACGCCGGAGAAACUGAGGAACGCUAUCGUUAUCAGAACCGAAUUAGCUUUCAAACGAUUUAUUGGCACACCACUCACUUGGCUGAACGAGCUUAUUGUCGCGGCUGCGUCCGACUCCAAGAUGCAAAGGCAUUUGUUAGAGAAUAUACAAAGGGUACAGACUGACUUAAGAUUGGAGAAAUCCUGCGAUCUUGGAUCGCAGAAGGACUGGAUUCUGGAUUUUAUGAAUCGCAUCGAUAUGCUCAUGGUGGAAACGUCGGAGAAAGAAAGCAACAUAGUUUUUUACUGCGACAUUUUAUUCGUUUUAGUUAUCUGUCUGUCCGGCAUGGACUGUCUGCUACCGAAAAAAGAACUGCUGAUUACUUCGCAAGAUAUUAGAAUCAGAUUGUUCCCACAAGCGAUUUCUAUGCUUAUCGACAGACAGAUCUGGAAAUCCAUAACUCGUCAGAUUAUGAAGUGGCUGAAUCACAUGAGAACUAAUUCCACACUUGACGGGUAUACAUCCGCAUUUCAAAGCGCAUUGAUUUUGUUAAGAUACGAAGAAGACUAUAAUUCACAAUGGAUAAAUUAUUUAUCAGUCAAAACUUGUAUUCACUGAAAUGUAUUCACACGAGAUAUUUUUCUAUAAAAGGAAGAGAAAGAUUUAAUUGACUUACUCAUA